AUGUCAUCCGUUCAACACGAAUUACUAUCAAUACGGUCGAAUUAUUCGUUGAUUGUGCUUUUUCUUUGUUCCUUCCUGUUACUUUUUGUGAAUUCCUCUGUUGCUUUCACAAAAUCUCAAUUGGCGACAAUAGAAUCCACGAAUUCAUAUUUUGGAUGUAAUGGCACAGUAGUGUCUGAGCUUCGCUCGAUUUGGAAAUCCUCCAUGAAGUCAUACUUGAUCCAACAACAAGUUACUCAACGCUUGCUGUUAAACAAUGACACGUACGCCUUGUAUGAUACUCAAUUGUAUUUGGCAAAUCUGGUGGGCAUGAUUCGAAGAUGUGGAAACAUGCAUAAUGACUUGUUGCAUGACGUUGCUAGUGUCUUGUUGCCAACGUUUUCCAAAUUGGAAAUUGACCCACGUGAUAAUUAUCCAAGAUGGAUUUGUAGAGGGGAGCCAUAUGUACAGCAGGCAGUAAAAACAAGUUGGCAGCAUGUUGCUCGAUGGUCGCUCACAAGUUGGAAUGCCACGAUCGCGACCAGACUUCCAUUGACCUAUUUGAAUGUCACCGAUGGCUCUUCAAAAUACUUCUUCUCAGAUAAGGAAUUAUGGGUCAUUACUACCGUUUCAGAAUUGGCUGGAAUUUAUCAGAGAGAUCCUAAUUUGUUUGCUUCGUUUGCUACUCCUCAAGAACACUCGAAUAUUGAAUCGUUUUUUAAGGGACUCUUGGCAUUGUUGAAUGCAAGAAUAUCUAUUCAGAGUGUGAAAAUUGCAUCUUAUGGAAAUAUGCAAGCAGAGGCCGGUGAUUUGGAUCGUGGAUUUGAUCGCCUGUACGCCGAUAAUCGUUAUGCUGGUUAUUGGAAGCAUGAAACCUUUCCUCCUGUCACGUGUUUGGCCAAUGGAACAAAAAUUGUAAAUGUUCCUCCUUCGAGUGUGCCUAUUGUUGAUACGAGCGGAUGGGACAUUAGUCAUGCCCGAAGAUUGGUGCAAACAUUUGAUGCUCUGUUCUAUAAUUUUGAAGCUGUGAAAAGUAUUUUUCACACACCGAGCUCAUUAAUUCCAGUGUCGAGAUGGAGAGAUGCAUUUUCCAAUGCUCUCAUUGGUCGAAUUUGGAAUCAAGAUGCUCAAUUUCCUCGAUUUGUAAAUUAUUGGGAUGGUACUCCUGGAUGGUAUCGUGUCGAUUAUAGUAAUGGCGUGACGAGUUGUAAUCCAGGAUUGUCUCCUUAUGCUCUAUCAUCCUCAAUUCCAACAGGAGGAUUUGGAGUUUGGAAAAGUGUUAAUGACACAAUUCAAACGUUAUUGAGACGAAUAUAUUACUUAAACAAGAGUAAGGCAUCAUCGGCUGAGACUUCCUAUCUUUCUGCCAUGAGUUUGUUAAAUUUCAAUACUUUGAAUGGAUUGAUGUUUUUACCAAGUUUGGUAGGAGUGAAUAAUUGCAGUCAUGCAGGAGUGUCAUUACCAGAAUGCAAUCUGGCGACUUGUUUAGAAUAUGCUCCAAAUGAAUUAUCUCCAUCGUGUUCUAAUCACGGUUAUUGUAUGGGUGGAAAUUCGUGUCAAUGUUUGAAGGGAUUUACUGGCUCGAGAUGUGAAUUGGCAGCACAACCAUCAUCGGCAGCACCAGUGGUUUCCAAGAAUGAGGAGAGUAUGAAAUCAAGAAAUGCAACGGUGAGCGUGAAUGGAGCGGAGCAUGGGUGUAAAAGAUUGGAGCUUCCAUAUAUUCUAGGUUUAAUCUUUGUCGUGUUGAUCUUGAUUAAUGUUCUCUGUUAA